AUGUCCGCUCCUACUGAUAACGGGACGACUGCCAUAAAGAACGUGCGGGUCUUCAACGGGGAAAAGCUCACCGAGCCGACCACUGUUUACAUUGAGAGUGGGAUUAUCGUUGACCAUGUCGAGGGAGCAGUCGAGGUUGAUGGCCAAGGAGGUGUACUUUUGCCGGGGCUAAUCGACGCACAUAUUCAUCUUCACCAUACCGGACACCUCCGAAAACUGGCCAAGUGGGGUGUCACCACCGGCUUAGAUAUGGCAACCUGGCCUGCCGACAAAAUGAACGGGUUACGAAACCGCGAAGGAUUAACGGAUAUCCGGAGUGCUGGAUUACCAGCAACAAUCAAUGGAAGUUUGCAUAGCCAUAUGCUCCCAUUACCCCCUGCGGCCUUUUUAUCUGGGCCGGGCGAUGCUCCCAAUUUCGUCAAAGAGCGUAUCGAGGAGGGUUCUGAUUUCAUGAAGAUUAUCUCGGAUGUUCCCGGGCCCAGUCAGGCGACAAUGACUGCCGUGGUUGAGGAAGCUCACAAACAUGGCAAAAUGGUCAUUGCUCAUGCGUCUGCAUACGUUCCAUUCCAGAUGGCGCAAGAAUCCCAUGCAGACGUAAUCACGCACUCUCCUCGUAACAAAGCGGUUGAUGCUCCGAUGAUCGCACGCAUGCUGGAAGAUCAUUGUAUCUCAGUCCCAACUCUUACCAUGAUGAAAGCCGUCUCCCAACCACCUGACUUGGGUGCUGUCUUCGGCCUUUUGUCAAAACCAACUCUCUUAUGGGCUAUCUUUCAGGCCAAGAGGAGAACUGGAGGGGCUGAAAAGUAUGAAAAUUCAAGAGACUCCGUGGCAGCCAUGCAUCAGGCUGGAAUUCCCAUUUUGGCAGGAACGGACUGCCAUGAGGAACCCAAUUCACCCUUCAGUGUCCCUCACGGGGAAUCCCUACAUUUGGAAUUGGAGCUAUUGGUUGAAGCUGGAUUGUCCAACCUUGACGCUCUACGGGCCGCAACCUCUUUGCCAGCGAAGUACUUCCGGCUUACGGACCGCGGGGCCAUCGAAGUAGGCAAACGAGCCAACCUAGUGCUCCUUGGUAGCGAUCCUUUGCAGAGAAUAUCAGCCACGCGUGAUAUUCGACAAGUGUGGUGCGGUGGAAGAAAGUUCGAAAAUGAGUGCUAG